UCUUCCUUUUCUAUGGUGGAAACCACGCAUUUUCACUAUUUUUGUUUAUUGGAAGCUGCGUGUUACUUUCUUCACGGACAUCAAGAUAGCUCAUUAAAGUCUAUUCGGUGCGCACAUUCAAAUAGGAUAUUUCAAGAGGAAAGCUCCUUUAGACAUCUCUCUGCAACUUCAGCUUCAAAUAUUGCAAUUACAGUUUCAUGGCGGAUCUUAACGAAGAUUCCUCCUCUGCCUUUUCAUCUCCAUAUUCCAAAUACGAUGUUUUUCUCAACUUCAGGGGUGCAGAUACUCGCAAAAACUUCACUGAUUUUCUUCACAAAGCUCUGAAAAAUGAGGGAAUCAAUGACUUUAUUGAUAGUGAAAAUUUGUGGACUGGAGAAGCCAUUGACCCAGCCCUUAUUAGAACGAUUGAAGGGUCCAAAAUCGCAAUCCCUGUUUUCUCCAGCGGCUACGCCUCAAGCAAAUGGUGUCUCCAGGAACUUUCUCUGAUACACGAUUGCUACAAAUCAAACGGUCAAAUUGCUUUACCCAUAUUCUUGGACGUCGAGCCGUCUUAUGUUCGGAAUCAAACUGGAAGUUUUGAAGGACCCUUUCAGGAACAUGAGAGGCAGUUUAUGCCCCAAAUUGUGGAGAAUUGGAGGGAAGCUUUGAGAGUGAUAGGGAGUCUAAAGGGUUGGGUUCUGAACAAAGACACAAACGGUGAUUGCAGGGAUCAGGCAGCGCUAGUUGAGUUAGUUGUCAAAAGGGUUCUGGAUGAAUUGAACAGUAACAUCCACUUGGUUGCAUGUAAAUACCCUAUUGGAAUAGAUUCCCACAUAAAUUCUCUGUUAUCUUUGUUAAAUAGUGAGUCCAAUGAUGCUAAGUUUGUCGGAAUUUGUGGCUUUGGUGGCAUUGGGAAGACAACUAUUGCCAAGGCUGUAUACAAUCGCAUAUUUUCAAACUUCAAGGGGCAUAGUUUUCUUUCGGACAUUAGAGAACAAAUAAUUCGAUGCAAGGGUCUAGUGUCUUUGCAGAAGCAACUUCUUAAAGAUACCAGCAAAAUGGACAUUGACAUAUGUGAUUAUCAUAGGGGCAAACAUUUGAUAAAACAAAGACUUUGUAAAGAAAAAGUUCUUCUAGUUCUUGAUGAUGUAGACGACAAAGAACAUUUAGAUGCUUUGGCUGGUGAACUCAAUUGGUUUGGUAAAGGAAGCAGGGUCAUAAUAACAACCAGAGAUGAGCAUAUUUUGGAUGUGGCUAAGGUUGGAAAAGAUAAAAUCUAUUGGCCUCAAGAGCUGAACUAUAAGGAAUCUCUUCAACUAUUUAGUUUGCAUGCUUUUUCAAUGAACCAACCUCCUGAUGAUUAUAUGCAACUUUCACAAGAUGUGGCAUGGUAUUUGGGAGGGUUGCCUUUAGCUGUAGAGGUGUUGGGGUCUUACCUAUCGGACGUUAGAGACAAAGAAGUGUGGAAAAGUACACUACAAAGUUUGAAAGAAAUUCCUGAUAAAGAAGUCCAAAGAAAGUUGAGGAUAAGUUAUAACAAUCUGGAAGACGAGUAUCAAAAAUCUCUAUUUCUCGAUUUUGCAUGCACUUUUAUUGGAUGUGAUAAAGAAACCGUAAUUUCCAUAUGGGAAGCUUGUGGCUAUUAUCCUAAAUCAGCAAUACACAGACUAAUUAAAAGGUCCCUUAUAAAAUUUGAAUAUAAGGAAUAUGGUGAUUGCUGCUUGAUGAUGCAUGAUCUGAUUCGAGACAUGGGAAGGAGAAUUGUCUUAGAAGAGAACCUUAUGGAACCAAGUAAUGGUGAAAUCUUGCAACUAUUAACACAUAAGGUAAGAUGUUUACGUGUGUAGACCAUGGGAUACACC